AGAGUCGUAGUCGCAGCGUACGCGUCUGAGCGCUGUCAAUUUCGUCCAGAUAGGGCGCAAGAUUACCGGCGCCCGAGUCGUCCGCGGGAGCGCCGGGCCUGCGUGCCCUAGUACCGUGCCGGUGUUCGAUUUUACAGUGAUUAAAUAGUGCAUUUUGUGACAAUACAAAAAUUUGGAUUACCAGCAGAGAUGCUGAAAGGCCGCGGCCGAGAUCCCCGGCUGAUGCCAGGCACCGUGGGCUACCCCGGCUCGCGGGCGCCCCUGGCUAAACCCGACCCUGACUACGAAGUAGUUGACUUUCCCUCCGAGCAGUACGUCAACGCUAAACUGCAGCCGCCGCCCCCGCCUCCCCCGCGCCCGCCGACAGGUCACCCGCUGGACGCGGGCGCGUCGUGCGGUCUAUGCGGCGGGCUGGGCGCGCGCGUGCGCUGCACCGAGUGCGGCCGCCGCGCGCUCUGCGCAUCCUGCGACGACAUGUACCACCGACACCCCAAGCGGCGCCAUCAUCAGCGACAGGCACUUUCAAUGUCGCAGCUACGGGAGGAACUACCUCCGCUGCCACCGAAAGCAACGCCACCAGUGCCUCCGCCGCGAAGACAUAAAAUGAGCGGCGACCGCUCCAACCCGAGCCCCGUGCCGUCGACGCCGGAGCUGCGGCGCGCCACGCUCAGCCCCGGCGUCGCAGUCGCAAGGCUCCCCCAGAAGGCGCCCAUCACCAACACCAACCACAUCACGAACCAACCACAGAUGCACGUCACCAGCCAACAGAUGUCGCACAUGCAGCCUAACACCAAGAUGGCCGCGCAUCUGGGCAGCACGCCAUAUCUGCCAGGUGCAACCAAUCAACAUAAUGCCCCGAUGAAUCCGGACAGCAUGAGACAGUUCUUGACGUGGGGCCAACAGAGAGGAUCUCACGCCGGUUUUAACGCCCCGGUCAAUAUGGUGCCACCGUCCCACAUGGAUACGUGGGUUUACCAGGAAAAUACACAAAACUGGGGAAGACCGAUGCGGCGGGGAACUUCGGUGAUGGAAUUGAGUGCGAACCCGACCAGCUGCGCCGGCUGCAGCCACUGCGCCUCCAGCGCCUGGAGAUACGACAGCUGCUCCAACUUGGAUCACCCGUGGGGGCCCGCGACCCCUUGGGGGCAGAACUGCUGUAUGCCGCACACCCUCAAUCCGAGGAUGCACCCGCACGCUCAUAACUACGUACCGCAGACCCCGCAGCCGUACAGAAGAGACCACCGGGCGAUGUCGCGAGCGGGGUCGCGGGCGGGGUCCCGCGCCGCGUCCCCCGCCCUCAGCGUGCGAUCGCGGGCGUCGCGCCGGACCAAGCACCGCACGCCCUCGCCCUCCCUGCCGUCCAGCGACGCCGACUCCGAGAGCGAGGCCGACGUCCGAAACCAAAAGAGUGCCCCCGUGAAGCGCAGCUGCGAGACCGUGCCGAGCCAGCCGAUUCGACCCGCCGAAAACGCGGCCGACGAGGACUCGCUGGGCCCGGCGCCGUCUCCUCCGACUACCAAUUGGCAGUGCGAGCACUGCACGUUCGUCAACGAGCCGGGCGUCAGGGUCUGCGCGGUCUGUUGCCGAACGCCCAUAGCGACGCCGAAAGUCGUCGCGGCGGACGUCAACAGUGGGCUUAAGGAGCUGCACAUCUCCGAAAAAUCCUCGGAUUCUCGGCGGCAGCCGACCGAAAAGCAGAGCUCAAAUAAACGAGCUACGAAAACCCACUCUACAUCUCCGCUACGCGAGAAGCAAACGCCGACCGAGCGGUCCCCUCCGCCUCCUGCGCAAAUAAUAACUGUUAAAAGCGAAAAUUUGGAUCGCGUCCGGUUCCCGAUACGUCAAGAUAUAGCUGUCGGACCUUCUCCGCCUAAAGAAUUGGACAGAAACCGUAAAAACGGAGUCGACAAACCCGCAACCCAAAAGCACAGCGUCUCCGUCGGGCCAUCGCCUCCGCGCGAUAGUCCGUCAAGCAGGACGUCACAAACGCCUACGAAAAGAGUGGAAGUGACACACUCGCGUGACGUGGACACUCGGCCCUCGUCCAGAUCUAGUCGCACAUCCGUUUCCAACACCGGUACCUCGCCGCCCCCACAGAAUAUUUCAACCCAGACCUACGAAGUGCCUGGCAAUUGGGAGCGAGCGUCAUCGGCGUCGCGCGGCCGGCAACGUCGUCGUUUCCGCGACGACGCGCAACGCGAGCGGUCGCACAGUCGGCUCUCUCUUUCCAGCGACACACGAGAAAGCGAAAGAAGUGCUCACACAAGUGGAAGUAGAUGGGAUUGGCCCCGCGACAGUAGCCCCAACGGGGACUGGAGUGACAACGAAAGGAAGCAUUCCCGUCUGACUAGACGAGCCUCACACCUGGACGUAAGGAAGGGUCUUCCGUCUCGUCGCACUAGCAUAUUUAGAUCUGAGGCACCCUCUCCAGAGCCGUUGUCAAACAAUCGGGCAAUUUCAUUAGAGGCGCUGGCUGGGACCGGAUCGAGAAGAGAAAUCGAAAGGGGUUUAGAAUUAGUACAACUCAUGGAGGAAGCAGAAAAAUUGGGUUUUAGUGCAGCCGAAGUUCACGCAGCCCUCGCUCAAAAUCCAGCCGCACCCCUCGCCUGGCUCAGAGAGAGAUGGCCGAGUCUCUGUGCGGGAGUACGCGCCGCCGCCGCUAGACUCGCACCGGGAGCUACUGUGUCAGAGAUAGAAGCUAGGGCGUCCCUGGCAAAACACAGAGGUGCAAUGUGGCCGGCAGUCACUGAGUGUGUGGAAAGAGCUCGCCGCAAGGCAGACGUAAUUGGCGUCAGUGAGGAGGGUCGUUUGAGGGGUCAAGUUUGGGGUCCCCCGGUCGGUAUCGACGACGAGUCGGUACCCCCUCUUAAUCGAGACAGCCGAACGCGCCGCCUUCGCGCAGAAGACAGUUCAGAUGAAUAUGCAGAAUCUAUAAAUAAUCUCGAGGAUGACGAUUGGAUGUAUUUGCCGUUUGAUAUUAAAAAUGCAUCGAACUUUACUCAGUCGGAGAGAGUUAGCGAACAGUCAACUAAAAAUAACAAUAACCCAGAGGUUUCUAAGAAAUUAAAAAACAUUUUACAUCAAGCGGGUAUUACAAACAUUGAUGACCAAUCAUUACUCAAAAGUUUAUUAACGAGUAAUUUUUUCACAUCAAAUGAUGCACAAGAGAGUCGCGAAAGUACAAUAAAUCAGAUUCAGCAUCAACAAAAUAUAGUAAACCUCGACCAGCAAGAAAAUGAAUUUAUUAAUGCCUAUAAUGAAUUAGCCAAAUUAGGUCUAGCGGUAAAUUUAGACAAAAAUAACAACUAUCCUCAUGAACAAAAAUCACAAACAGUGACCAGUACAACACUGGACCAGAACAACAUAAAUAGGACUCAAAAUGAGAAUAAUUCUAAGAAAAUAUCUGACUAUGAAAAGCCGUUAGAACUUGGAACAUCUACUAAGCAUGUAAGUAGUACACAAAAUUUAGAUGUAAAAGUAGACAACACAACAAUUAGUAAAAUUAAAAAGAAAUCAAGCAAAAAUUUAUUCGAUAAUACACAGACGACAAGUAAUUCGAACAUAUUUACUAACUCCAAUUCUGAAAAAGAAAAUAUUAGAAUAGACCCAAAAUCGAAUGACAAAUUACGCGAUAAUUCCAAAAAGACUUCCAAUGGAACUUUGUUAACCAAUCAAUUUGAAGCUAAUGUACAAGAAGAAAAAUUAAAUAAUCUUAACGAAAUAUUUGAUAAUACUCAAAAAUUGAUUCAGCAAAUGAAAAAUGAAAUCAAUACAGAUAUCAGGUCUAUAAGUGACAAAGUAGAGUCACAUGAUGAAGGAGACUAUAGUUCUGAUAACUCUUCAAAUUUGUCGGAACAAGAAUCGAGUUAUUCAAACUCACCAGUAGAAACAGAUGUAACAUCAGAUGAAAAAGAAAUGACUAGUAGUGAAGAAGAGUUUACUGAUAAUAUGACAAAGUUGCAAAACUCGGAAAGAAAAUCAAGUACUGAUGAUAAUGAAGAAUUUGAAGAAGCAAUGGACCAUUUAGAUACUCAAAUAGAUUACAUGAAAAAAUCAAAUAUAGAAAUAUUAGACUCGAUAGCCAAAAGUUUAAAAGAAGAACACACUUUAAGCUUAGAGGUUAAUCAAAAGAAUAUAAAUGAACUGGCGACGGACAUGUCACCAUCAAAAUCAGAAACAAAUCUAAAGUUACCCGAUCAAACGCAAUUGUUAAAUUGUAAUAACUUUACAGAUUCUAGUAAAAAAAUAAUAUCAGCACUAGGUAAUGUAAAUCCACCGACAAUCAUUGAGAGUAAAGAAAGUGAAGUGAAUACCAUGGUCGUAAAUAACUUUUCUCAAAAAUCAACAGUAAAUAACGUCCAACCUACGACGCCCAACUCCCAUUUAAGAGCAGAUAAAAAUCCCAAUUGGAAUAAAGUAAAUUUGAAGAGGAACGCAUUUACUGCAGUUAGCUCAUUUGAUGAAAUUUACGAUGAAAUCAGCAGUAACAAAACUCCCGUUUCCCCAGUUGAUAUACCAACGCGUAGAGAGAACCGUUCAAACGAAAUAGAAGCCAAAGUUGAAUCUCGUACAGUAAAGGCUUAUGCCAAACAUGAAAUAAUGUUUAUUGAAAUAAAACCUCAAAUACCUCAGAAAAUCUUCGCACACGAAACAAUAUAUCCACGUAUCAUAGCCACAAUAACAGAUAUAAAAGAAGAGAAACCUGAGAAAAAUAGUAAUGACGUUCCGCAAGAUACAGAAAGUGUUAUAUCGGAAAUAAAUGAGACUACCGACUCAAAUAAAACAAUAAAACAAUCUAAUCUCGCAAAUGACCGCGAUGAAGAUUAUGAAAAAGGCGCAAGUGACGAAGUACUAAGUAGCAGUGGUCCAAUCCAUUUAUCAAAAAAUCCUGUGCAUGAUACGAAUAAAUCGAAAAAUUCUGCUUUUAAUAGAUCCAACAUACCUAAACUAGUCAGGUCUUUACAGAGAAGUAAACAAAAUGCUGUUCAAAAAAUAUCUAAAGUAAUAACUUCAAAAGUUCCAGUUAGAAAAACUUCCUUGAAACAAUAUUCCGCACCACCUCCUCCAAAAAGUCACUUCGGUAAUGUUAAUAAUGGAAAUGUCAAACAGUUGCAAACUCGUUUAUUUGAUAAUAAAGUUUCUGCAACCGUCGAUGAAGCAAAAGCUUCUACAUCUACUGCUAUAACGAAGAAAAAACAGGCACCACCUCCACCAGUACAGAAUUCGCUUGAGCCAAAAACAGAAGAAACCUCAGUGAAAGAGCAAAAGAAACCUUUUUUCCGAGAAACCUGCAGAACUGAAGACGAAUGGUCAGAAAGUGAUACAGAUCAGAAUGAGGAGUUGUUUGAAGUGCAACGGAACACAGACUCUCCACCACCCGUACCCACCCCAUGCCAGCCCGUGACAAUUCGACAAGUAUCAGGUCAAAUUAUUGAUUUAUCAAAAAUCAGAUUACCAGAAGGAUCCCCUGAGAGACAAGCGCGUAUGUUAUUAGCUGAAGGAGCGAUGGAAAACUGGGACCAAGCUCAAUUAGCCGUUGAACUUAUAUCGAAAGGAAAUAACACACCUGAUGCACUUUUAGCUGCGUUGGAGUGCUCUGAUAUUACAUCGGCUCUUGUUUAUUUACACCAAGAUUGCGAACUGUGCGCCUCCAAAUAUCCUGAACAUGAGAUGGUGUCCAUGUUUCGUUGCACGCAUAGAUGUUGUCGGGAAUGUGCCCGACACUAUUUCACAGUUCAAAUUACCGAACGCAGUAUUGCAGAUUGCGUUUGCCCAUAUUGUAAAGAACCAGAGCUAGAAAACCUCCCAGAAGACGAUUGGCUCGAUUACUUUGCGCAUAUGGAUAUACUGUUGAAAUCCUUGCUAGAUGUUCAACUACAUGAGCUGUUUCAAAGAAAGCUUCGUGAUCGAACUCUGGCUAGAGACCCCAACUUCCGGUGGUGCGUGGAAUGCUCGUCGGGAUUCUUUGUGCACCCUAAACAGAAAAAGCUUCGCUGUCCGGAGUGCAAGUCCGUCAGCUGUUCGCAGUGUAGGAAACCGUGGACCGCUAAUCACAAUGGGUUGACUUGUGAGCAAUACGCGGCUUGGCUAGAAGAUAACGACCCGGAGAGGUCGAUUGCUGCUGUACAGCAACAUUUAAAAGAAAAUGGGCUCGAAUGCCCGCGAUGCCGUUUUAAAUAUUCUUUAUCGAGGGGUGGCUGCAUGCACUUCACUUGCACCCAAUGUAAAUACGAGUUCUGUUACGGCUGCGGCAAGCCGUUCAUGAUGGGAGCUCAGUGCGGCCUCAGCGACUACUGCGCCAAGUUGGGCCUCCACUCACACCAUCCUCGAAACUGCUUGUUUUACUUGCGCGACAAGGAACCUCGAGAAUUACAAACGUUAUUACAGAUGAACAACGUGACAUAUGAGACUGAAGCGGCAGAGGGCAGCACCGGAAGAUGUCCCAUUCAGCUCCAGCGGGAGACACCAACGGGGCUGAUAGACACCAUCUGUGGAAGCGAGGUCGCCCCGAACCAAGCCGGACUGUGCAAGAAUCACUACCUGGAGUAUCUGAGCCGGCUGGUCCGGGGCCGGGCGGUGGACCCGCUGCCGAUCUUAGGAGUGGACGAUUUAGAGACCGUGGUCCGGCGCGCGGCGCUCCGCCUCCCGCCGCGCCCCUACGGCUCGCUGGAGGGUCUCUACAAACGGAGCCUGAUCGAGAUUGUAAGAGAGAAAAUACCACUAGAUUAAGAAGAAACUUUAAAGAAGAUGUUAAUUCUCACCAUAAAAAAUCUAAAUGGUCCAUGUAAUAUAACUAUCGUCAUUUUGAAUCUUA